UAAUCUCUUUCACCCAGUUUGGUAGCUGGCGUGUGUGUCUCUUUAAAUGGGGACGGUGGAGGGCGAGAAUAGAGAUCAAUCGAGCGAGGAAUGAAGCUGUGACGCUGUAAUCCAUGGCUAGCUAGACGGCUUGUACAAUAAAUGAGCCUGCAUCCUGCUGGAAAUGUCGCAUGUUCGAAUAUGGCUAAUUAUAUCCUACACUGCAGUGAAGGACUAUAAAGACAGAAUGUAUCGGCCUUGAUAUCGCGUUUUACAACAGAACUUGGUAACGGCCCGGGGUUUACAUCUUGCGGUAAACAGACAGAUCCUUUAACUGGGGGCCAAGCAGAACGAUGGGUGAAGCCAUGCAGGCAGACGAAGGCACUGAUUGGCUCAUGGAGCUGCUGACUGAUGUCCAGCUCCAGCAGUACUUCCUGCGUAUCCGCGAUGAACUCAACGUCACGCGUCUCUCCCACUUUGACUACGUCAAGACGGAGGACCUGGAGAAGAUUGGCAUGGGACGCCCAGGUCAGAGGCGGCUGUGGGAAGCUGUGAAGAGAAGAAGAGCCCUGAGCAAACGCAAGUCUUGGAUGAGCAAGGUGUUCACAGGGAAGCGUCCCGAGACGGAGUCCCAGGCUUCAGCCACCACGGUCCUGAGGGGCCCCUCGCCCUGCCCAGCCUCCGGGGACCAGCAGGCUGCCCUCACCUGCCUCAUCAGUGACCGGGACCUGACCCUGCUGGAGAAACUGGGGGACGGCUCCUUCGGGGUGGUGAAGCGUGGAGAGUGGCAGGCCCCUUCUGGAAGAGUGUUGAACGUGGCCGUGAAGUGCCUGAAGACGGACCUGCUGGAGCAGCCCGAGGGCCUGGACGACUUCAUCCGGGAGGUGAACGCCAUGCACUCCCUGGACCACCAGAACCUCAUCACGCUCUACGGCGUCGUCCUGACACACCCCAUGAAGAUGGUGACAGAGUUGGCCCCCCUGGGCUCCCUCCUGGACCGCCUGCGGAAGCGCCAGGGCCACAUCCUCAUCUCCGUGCUGUGCCGCUACACCGUGCAGAUCGCCUGCGGCAUGGCCUACCUGGAGUCGCGCCGCUUCAUCCACCGCGACCUCGCUGCCCGCAACAUCCUGCUGGCCUCCAACGAGCUGGUCAAGAUCGGUGACUUUGGCCUCAUGAGGGCACUGCCCCAGAACGACGACCACUACGUCAUGCAGGAGCACCACAAAGUGCCCUUCGCCUGGUGUGCCCCGGAGAGCCUGAAGACCAGGACCUUCUCCCACGCCAGCGACACGUGGAUGUUUGGGGUCACGCUGUGGGAGAUGUUCACUCACGGACAGGAGCCAUGGCUGGGCCUCAAUGGUAGCCAGAUCCUCCAUAAGAUUGAUAAGGAGGGGGAGCGGCUGGUGCGACCUGAAGACUGUCCCCAUGAUAUUUACAACGUCAUGUUGCAGAGCUGGUCUCCCAAAUCUGAAGACAGACCCACGUUUGUGGCCCUGAGGGACUUCCUGGUUGAGACGAUGCCCACCGACAUGAAGGCGCUGCAGGACUUUGAUGAGGCAGACAAACUUCAGAUCCACUUGAAUGAAGUCAUCACCAUCAUUGAGGGAAGGGCCGAGAACUACUGGUGGCGAGGUCAGAACCGGCAGACGCUGAAAGUGGGCCAGUUCCCUCGGCACGUGGUGACGUCGGUGGCCGGGCUGUCGGCUCAGGACAUCAGCAGGCCGCUCAAGAACAGCUUCAUCCACACGGGCCACGGCGACACCGACCCACACCGCAGCUGGGGCGCCCCGGACAAGAUAGAUGAUUUAUACCUCGGUAACCCUAUGGAUCCUCAAGAUGUUUUUGGAAUGGACCCAGAUGCUGACCGGCCCACUAAACUCCCCAAUCGAGCCAAAAAUCAGCCCCCUCCGCGGCCUCCUCAACCUGCCAUUCUGCUCAAGAAAGAGGCAUUCUAUGAUUCGGUCAUGGACGAUGACGACCUGAUGGUGACGAGUGUGAAGAAGCUGUCCCUGCCCAAGCCGUCCACAUACCUGGGCCUGCGCCUGCGUCCCUGGGAGACCCAGCAGACGGACCACCUCAGCGAGGUCUCCCUCAUCGACUUUGGCGACGACAGCUUCAGCUCGGCCUCGCCGUCGCCCGUGGCCGAGGCCCCGACCAAAGUGCCCCCGCUGCCCGCCAGCGCCCCCGUGGGCUCCAUCCUGGACGCGCCCGCGCCUCCCCACAGCCCCACGCUCUCGCUGCCCAACCCGCUGCACCCCACGCCGGUGCUGGACUGGGACAAGCCGCUGCCGUUGCUGCCGGCCUACGACGAGGUGGCGCUGGAGUACGAGCUGGCGCCAGGGAGAGGCGAGGAGGACGCGGAGGUGAGCUCCAUCAGCCAGCGGGCGGAGGUGAGCUCCAUCAGCCAGCGGGCGGAGGUGAGCUCCAUCAGCCAGCGGGCGGAGGUGAGCUCCAUCAGCCAGCGCGCGGAGGUGAGCUCCAUCAGCCAGCGCGCGGAGGUGAGCUCCAUCAGCCAGCGCGCGGAGCAGGCCGGCCACCACCAGCAGCAGCCCCCUCCAGACGGCUCCGCAGACAGAGAGUCCUCCGGCGCUGAGAAGGCAGGCGUGGAGGGCAACCUCUUCCUGCCGCCACUGCCCACAGACGAGACGCGCUUCUUGGCACAGGCGGCACAGACGGCACAGACAGCACAGAAAGCCCAGACGGCACAGACGGCCCAGACGGCCCAGACGGCCCAGACGGCCCAGCUCUUCCAGGAGCUGCAGCGGGAGGUGAUGGUGAAGCUGCGCGCUCCACCGGCCGGCCGCUCGCUGCCCUCCUCCCCCAUCCCCAUGGCCUUCACCCCGGCCGGGCACCGGCAGAUCAUCCUGCCCUCCUCCUUCGAGGACAAGCCCCAGGUGCCGCCGCGCAUCCCCAUCCCGCCCAUGCGGCCCUCGAGACGCGCCCGGACGCCCAGCUACCGCUCCUCCGCCUCGCUGAGCGACGAGGUCGACCGAGACGACCGAGCGGACGACGCCGGCGGCCAGGAGCGGCCGCCUCGCAUCCCGCCCCGGGACCACGCCCUGUCUCAGCCCAGCUCCCGGGCCCCCAGCCCCAUGGGCCCCCUGCGCGUGGGCUCCCCCCAGAGGUCAGGGCAGGGCAUGUGCUGCGUGGGCACGCUAGGCUCCUUCCUCUCCGCCGCGCCCUGCCUGCCCCCCUCCCCCGCCGCUCCUCCGCCCAAGCAGCCUGUGCCCCUCACCCCCGCCACCCACAGCUUUGCGCGAGACCCCCAGUACACCACCACGGAGGCGGCCCAGGCCCAGGCCAAGGCCCCCUGCAUCCUGCCGGUGGUGUGUGACGGCACCAAGGCCAGCAGCACGCACUAUUACCUGCUGCCCGAGAGGCCCGCUUACCUGGACAAAUAUGAGCGCUUCCUGAGGGACUCGGAGAGCAGCGAGGACAGGAAGACCACCAAUAUGGCUACAGUCAGGCCCAUGAUUCAGCAGAAGCCAGCUAGCAAGCCCAGCUACAGCUCAACCACCAACAGCAGUGGGAUAGCUAACCCCCCAAUCCUGGCCUGGACGACCAACCAAGUUAGCAUCAACCGAUCAGAGUCCACUGCGCCUACCCUCAACUCUGUCAAAUAUGUUCAGGAGGCUGUGCACGGUGUGACGGUGGAGGAGUGUCAGGCGGCCCUGCUGAGCCACAGCUGGAAUGUUCCGGAGGCCAUCCGCUACCUGAAGGUGGAGCAGUUGUUCCGCCUGGGUCUGAAGGCUCGCUCCGAGUGCCAGGAGGCUCUGCAGAGGUGCAACUGGAACCUGGAGCAGGCCAGCACCCAGAUGCUCGACUCCUACGGCCCGACCAGGCAGAGGUAGUCCAGCCCUGGUGACGUAUCGAUCAGUGUGUUUGUGCCAGCUAGUCCAUAUCUCCAUCCCCUUAACAGGCUGCUGUGUAUACUAUAUGAAUGUGUUUGGGAUGCUGCAGGCAGUGAUAGCUGGGCGCAAACGAAGAUGAGCCAUCUGAUUCACUGGAACAAGAGUGAACUUUCUCUUGUGGCAAAGAGCUGUUGAUCAAGCAGUAGGAGGCACAGCUCUCCUUAAUGUUUGUUUUUGUUUUGUUUUGUUUCAGUUUUUUUUGUUGCUUAGCACAGCUCCGCAAACUACAUGUUGUGUAACCCUAUAGGAUGUACAUGAGGGAUUAUUAUUGACAAAUACCAAUGCAUAUUCUGCAGAUUAUAGGCUACAGUAGUGCUUUCUCCAUGUUCCACAUUCAAACCUCAAGGACUCUUGAAUUGAACCUAUUUGCUGGAAUAUUAAUCAGCAUAGCCACAAUCAUUCAGUGCAAUGCAGAAAGUAAAGAUGAUGUUCUUCAUAGCUUACUUUAGGCUUCUGCUCAGGCAACACAGAUUUGCCUGCAGAUGUAAAGAGAUCUUAAGAAUUGUUAAACUACAAAAUUGUGUCGAGAGGCUAAAGGCACACUCUCAAAGCUUAAGAAUGCUGUAUAAUCUUUUGUCCAUUUUGGUACUUUUUGGUGCAGUGUUGGUGAAACCAAAUAUUGUUUAUUUUAUACAGUAGUUGUUAUCUGAAUCAUGUGUAAUGUCAUUUGUGUUUAUUUGUGUUUCAAAUAUGUGAUAUGUUAUUUAUGGAGCUUCCAGGGUAACGUUAGCAUAGCAGUAGGCACUAUAAGGAAGGCUGCUUUGCUGAGGUACUUGUAUCCACAUCAGGGCUUCCUCGUUAGAUUGGGUUUCCCUGGGCUGUUAGUCAUGGUGUUACCAGCAUGUGUGAACACCGUACGGUGCAGAGAGAAAUGACAAGUGUAUUCAUAUAUUUUUAUUAUAUCAGUUAGAGGAAUCCUCACAAUCAAAAGAUACCUCUGGUAUGUGUUGUGUAUUUUCAUUGUGUGUGUUCUUUUUAUAGUUCUGGCCUCUGCUUUUUUUUUUUUUUUUUUUUUUUAAUGUCAUUUUGAAAUAUAGUAUUUAUUAAUAGCUUUACAAUAUGAAAGACCAUUAAUGUGAUUUGUUCCUCAGAAUAAGCUAAUGCCGAGGCAACAGCGGUUUGCUAUGUGUUAUACUGCAUAGUGCUUCAGCUUUGCACUGCGGUACCUUAUCAUGUUUCUCAUUCCCGAGUGCUACUGUAUUUCCUGAGUUGUGCCCAUGAGGCCCCGCGGUGUGGUCUGUGAUCUCUGCUAGAUGUACCAUGCUUGACCCAUCUCUCAGUCCGCCGGCACCUGAGCUGGUCAAGCGUGUGCCAAUGACUGUUCCAGUCUGAACAUAAUCGACAUUACAUUCUUUUUCUUUCUUUUUUUUUCCACCGGAGAAACACGAACAGAAAGAAUGCCAUUCCCUUAGCUAGAUGGGACCCAAAGGGACACCAGGGAUAUCUGUGUAAGUGUGCAAUAAUGUUUCAGUUCCGCCAUUUGGGAAACUCCGGUCACUUGAAUGUUGUUUUUGUUUUUGUUUAGAUAUUUUAGCAGAUCUGUAAACUAUGUAUUACAAUCCUCCUCAUCAUCAUCUGCCAGAUGUCCUUCCUCAUGCUGAGGUGAACUGAACCUUCGUUUCCUUGAUAUGCUACUAUAGUUGCAAGGCUGCACAUAUGAAAAGUACAGUUUCUGUAUAUUUUGUAUUAAAUAUUUUUCUUUUAGAAAA